AUGUCGCGUCAUUGCUUUAGCAAUAAUUUUCAUAUUGGAUAGGAGACUUCUCCUGUUUUUCGUUUGUGACCAUGGCUGAUUUUCCAGACUGGAGGGUUGAAUCCCCAGAGGAUUCUGCAUUUAAAUGGCUUUGCGAGGGUCAAUAUAUGAAAGCAAUUCUCUCUUUUGAGUCCUGGAUCCUGCGCACAAAACACACUUGGACUGAUGAUAAGGAAAAGAAACUUGGUGACCUUUAUAGAGGACUAGCCGAAGCAUAUUGGCACGUCCACUGUCCUGAUGAUGCUUUAGAGCAGAUAUUACGCUGCGUAUGGGAGAACUGCCACGAAUUUUCUGAGAGACACGUGAGCCGUUGGACAAUACUUGCUGAUAAACAGGUUGAGAAUCCAGAGUUUAAGCUCAAAGGCUAUCAGAUAGCACUUCAGUUUGUUCCACCUCAUGACCUAUUCAAAAGGAGCCAUCUGCUGUCAAAAAUGUUGCUGUUUUGCUGCGAGUCUGGGUCAUCCUUCCAAACCAUGGCCGGUUUGUUUAUGUGCGCAGCGAACGAGAUAGAAGUUUGUGAACAAGAGGACCUCGCAAAAAUUUGGUUGGAUUGCGGAAAAAAGAUUCUACCAUUCAGAGAUUCUUUGAAGAUAUCUGUUGAGUGCUUUACUCUAGCACAAAGGUUUUUGCCAAGUGAUGAGGACAAGAUGAAAGCCCGGCUCUGCUUUCUAAGGGCAAAGACUAUUUUAUCUAUUGGUGAGUCCAGUCAGUAUGCUCAAGCAAAGAAGGAUGCCCAGACGUAUGUUGCACUCCGCCCUUCUAAGACGAAGGGCUACUCACUGUUAUGGGAAUGCUCUCUUCGAUGCCAUAAUUAUAAAGAGGCACUUGUGAAUUUUGGAAUAGCGCAGGAAACUUUGAAAGACCGACAAGAGGAGAAAUAUCAAGAAUUUUACAAGUUUUUUACAUCAGCCGUAUCACAGAAAGCAUCUGAAGUAUUCAAAGAAGAAUGUCCUGUCGCUGGCUGCUUAGUGGAAAGACUUAUUAGCGAGUGCGCUGCCAAAGAAACCGUUAAAUACCUAUCAGUUCUCUUCCUUGACGGCUGUUGGGCCACUACAUGCGAUGCCUCUUGUGUUCCACUGGACAGGGUAUUGAAAUCUGACAUAGAAAACCGCGAUGAAUUAGUCAAAAUCCUCCUGGAAAAGAAAGCACUUCCAAAUGGUCUUUUAAACAGAAGUAAAUCCCCGCUGUCAAUCUGCAUAGAGGAGGACUGUUUGGACUUGGCAUUGAUUCUUUUACAGUACGGAGCUGAUGAAAAAGAAUUAGUGCAAAAAGAUGGAGAAACUGCUUUACAUGCUUCCUUACAAAUUGCCUUGAAUUCGAAGAAAGGCAACUUAGAAAUCUUCCAGUUCUUUCUCGACGGAAAAAGAUCUGAUGCCGUCGAUGUACAGGACAAGGAUGGGAACACUCUUCUGCAUUUACUUUGUCAAGGAAGGAUGAACUCUAAGAAACGGGAAGCCAUGAAUCUCGUUCUUAGAGCAGGAGCAAAUACGUCAAUCGUAAACAACAAAGAGGAAAGCCCCAUCGAUCUUCUCUGUAAACAGAGAUUUUUCAAUGAUGAAAGAAUAACUUUACUGUCCUCUGCUUCGGAAUGCUUUGAAAGCUCAUCAUCAUGUGAGACGAACACUCCAGAGCAAGAAAGUAAAAACGAAGGCAACGAGGUGGAGGGAGAGAGAAAUUUAACAGAACGAUCGAAGAAUAUUUCACGUAAGAGGAAAAUUGAUAAAAAAGCAACUUCCAAACAAUCUGUGCUUUCUACAAAUUCUAUCGUUGGUGUCCAAACGGAAUCUUUGUCCGUUAUUCGUAGAGAUAUAGGGUCGAUGAUACAAAAUUUGGAUAUCCGUGAUUGGAUCAAGAAAAAUGAAUCCACAGAAGUGGUCGAGAGGAGCGAAAACCCAAAGAAUGAAAGUGGUCAAACUCAAAGUGAUAGCGUCAUGCAGUUAAAACUCACGAGCGAUGAUAGAGGAUUAGUGCAAGAAGAUGAAUCACGAUCGUUUCUGAGGGAUGAAGAACAAAGUUCUGGUAUUUCUGAUACAACAGAAUAUUGCAUCAAGGGAGCUUUCGAAGGACUGCCAUGGGAGGUGGAGUGCACUGCAGAAGUACGGAAAGUGUUAGAAAGCGAACGUCUGGAGCCGUGGAAGAUAAAGCUCUUUGUCGAGAAAGUGGGAACUCUAGCUCUAGGCCGGCACAACUGGUCCCAGGAUCUCUGUAAAAUUCUGAAGGGUGUACCAAAGAACUGUGGAAUGCGUCUUUAUGAAGCGAAACUGACAAAAGCUGCAAGAAUCAUCUGGGAAUGUGCAGUUGCUUUCUCUCCCCAAUAUUCAUACGAGGACGAGAAAGGAAAAGUCACGAUUUAUUCAGAGGUUAUCCGUGUAUGGGAUAUUGUGUUUGAUCAUGAUAACAUCUCACGCGCUAAAGAUAACAUUGUUACAUCAUUCAUCCGAGGAAAGGAAGGCGUGGCGAGGAAGGAACUUAAACGACUUCAGUCACCAGACCAAGGCCCUAAUCUUUACUGUAGGCGUUCACGCGAUUUCCUAUCUGGUUACCCCACUCUACUUGCAGUACCAAAAGAGAAUGUACCCCGUAACGAAGCAAAUGAAGAUCAAGUGACUUUUUUCCCCCCUGUUAGUCAUAACGACAACGAGUACCAAGUACUGAAAUUUUACCACCUGUCUACAGCAAUGAUUCAGACAAUACUGAAACAGCAACCAUGUCAUGUAGUCCUUGACUUUCCAUUUCGAGUAACAGAAGAGGAGCAUGCCAUCAUUAACUUUGAACCUUUCCCCCAGAGUUCCAUCAUCUUGAUUGGACGCAGUGGUACGGGAAAAACGACAUGUAUUCUUUAUCGCCUGUGGAGAGAUUUUGAAAACUAUUGGGGGAAUGCUGUUAAAAGUGGACCACUAAUGCCUAAGAAGAUUGGGUUUCUUCCUGAAGACCAGUGGGACUCUGAUUCAUCAAAAGUAAAUGUACCAGCUGGCAGACAACUUGAUGAAAAUGAAGAUGGCUGUAGCAGAGAAGUAACUUCGAAGGAUGACGACGGAAUAGCAUCAUUUCUGUCUCCAUCUCCCGAAUCCGAAGAGUCCUUGGAGCAUUUCCACCAGCUGUUUGUAACCAAAAAUGGUGUCCUCUGUCAACAAAUCUCAAAAAAUUUCAUUGCUUUGAGCCACGCGUCUUCAUUUGUGGAACAUUCAACUAAGGCAUAUACAGUGAAACCAGUGAAACUGCAAGAGAUUGACGACUCGGCUACUGGCUGGCCCCAGUUUUUGAAUGCACGUGACUUUUACGUCAUGUUAGACGCCUCCUUGCCUGAACCUUACUUCUUUCCACGAAAUGACGAUGGGAGUCUGGGUCCAAGGGCCCAAAAUUGGGGCGAAGAAGAUAACAGGUUCUCCGACAUUCCACUCCUCGAGGAAGACGAUGCUAAAGACGACUCGGAUGAGGAAGAUGAACACACAGAGGUUGAAAUAUCCAGCUUAGAAAAGGACAAAGAAAUGGUGCUUGUAAGCUACGACAUUUUUGAAAAACAAUUAUGGCCAAUGAUGUGCAAGAAAAAGAAAGACGUGAACUUCCAUCCAUCCUUAGUAUGGAUGGAGAUACGAUCAUUUAUUAAAGGCUCAUACGAAGCUUUGCAUACAAAGAACGGUUAUCUUUGCUCAGAAAAAUAUCAAGAAAUCGGGCAAAAGAGGGCUCCAAACUUCACAGCAGACAGGGAGGCAAUUUACAAGCUGUUCUUAUCUUACGAGAAAGUCAGAAAAUCAUCUAACAUGUUUGAUGAAAACGACCUUGUUUUCGAUCUGUACCGCCGACUGAGGCAGGGCGGAGUUCCUGACUGGUCAAUUCACAAGUUGUACGUGGAUGAAACACAGGACUUCACACAGGCAGAGUUGAUGCUGCUAAUAAGCUGUUGCCGUGAUCCCAAUGGCAUCUUUCUCACUGGAGAUACCGCCCAAAGUAUAAUGCAAGGUAUCUCCUUUAGAUUCGAAGAUCUUCGUUCACUCUUCUAUUACAUGAAAAAGAACUGCAAAGAUGAAGCAGCACAAACACAAGUCGUGGUUCCCGAACUAAAGAAACUCAUUUGGAACUACCGAUCACACAGCGGAAUUCUAAAUUUGGCGUCCAGUGUCGUUAGCAUUCUACAGGAAUAUUUUCCUGAGUCGUUUGACAAACUGGAUAAAGACCAAGGGCAGCUUGAUGGUCCCAAGCCAGUACUCCUUGAAUCGUGCAGUCCGUCAGAUCUUGCGAUUAUUCUUCGUGGAUAUAAACGUAAGACAACUGCCAUUGAGUUCGGCGCUCAUCAAGCUAUCCUUGUGGCCUCUAACGAAGCAAGAGAACGUCUUCCAGAGGAGCUUAGUCACGCACUUGUGUUGACGAUUUAUGAAGCAAAAGGACUGGAAUUUGACGACGUCCUUGUCUACAAUUUUUUCAAAGACUCGAAGGCAAGAAUCGAGUGGGGGACAGUAACGCACUUUCUCCUGAAUGUAAGCGUAUCUGAAACCGGCAAUUCAUUGGAAUUCCAAUCUCGACCUGUCCUUUUUGACCCAGACCGACACAAACUGCUAAAGGCUGAGUUGAAGCAGCUGUACACAGCUGUGACUCGAGCUCGAGCGAAUGUUUGGUUCUUCGAUGAGGAUGAAGAAAACCGGCGACCAGUGUUUGAGUAUUUCGAGCAACUUGGCUUAGCGGAAGUCGUCUCCCUGAAAGAAGAGGGAGAAGGAAGUACAUCUGGAAACCAGCCAUUGGAGAAAAUGUUCCCUAAAGAGUCGUCUUUGAUGGAAUGGCAAAAUCAAGGAGAUUUUUUUUACAGCAAGAAACUUUGGAAUGUUGCAGAAAAGUGCUUUAAGAAGUCUGGAAAUGAAGACAUGAGCCGAAAAUGCAAAGCUUACCUACAGGCUGACUAUGCGCUAAGCCUUCGCAACGACCCACAACGACAGAAGGAUGAAUUCCUACGAGCAGCUUACCAGUUUCUGCAAUGCAAAAUGAUUCGGCAAACUAAAGCGUGCUUAUACAACGCUCGGGAACAUAGCCUUUUUGCAAGUCUACUACAAAAGCUUGGAAAGGAGAGGAAAGCCGCAACUGUGUUUGAAAGAAACGGACACUACUUGGAGGCAAGCCAGUGUCUGGAGGCGACAGCUGAUUACAGAGGAGCAGUUGAUACUCUCCUUCGUGGAAGUCUUUGCAACAAAGCUAUUGAGGUUGUAAAGCGUUUCAGCAAAUUAACUUCAGAGGAACAGAAACUGACCAAACAUCCAGGCAGAACUCUUGACGAAUUGUACUUGGAGUUAGCAGAGUUCAAUCGUAGACGAGGCAAUACAGCAGACAUGAGUUCUUCUCUUCAGCACGUUGAGUCCACCGAUACACGGAUUGAAUUUUUGAUGAAGCACCGAUUUCUCGAGGACGCUGUCAAGGAGUUAGAGAAGCUGGGUCGUUCAAGAGAAGCUGCAAAUAUCAUGAGAGAAAAUGGGUCAUUUUUGAUCGCAGCCAAGUAUGCUCAGACGUCUGGCAACUCAGUACUUGCAGCUGAUUGUAUCUUUGCCCAUGUGCGUGUCUCAAAGACAAUGACAGACGAGGAGCGACAAGCACGUUUAGAGGAGGCCAAGCAGCUAUACGAGGUGGCAAGAAAGAAAAAUAGUGUGGGUGAAGUUCUUUUAAGACAGGCGAAGCUUUCACGGGAUGCAAAGAAAGUAUUGCAGGCUAUGGAAAUAUUCUCCGAUCCAUCAGUCUCUAACACUUGCAGUAAUCUUGAAUGUGUUGAAACUCUGGUUGAGAUGGUUGGUGAUGAUUCGCAAAUUCUUGAAAAGAAAAACUGGACUCUGGUGAAACUGGUAGAAAACGUAAUAAAGCUCAUUUUCUCAUUGGAUAUUCCUGCUCCAGAUUUCAAGACACAGAAAGCACUGGAAAGAUGCGAGGAGCACUUUGGUAUCUACAGAGAGGGUGAUCCCAAAACAAGAGUGGUGAGAUUCAAAGAGGGUGAUCGUUUUCUUUCAAUUUCAUUGGCUUUAGAGAAGGAUACUCUAGCAGGCAGUAAAUGGGAAUUGAAUCUCCUGCACGUCCGAACACGAAUUGCAGAAAAUCUCCUGCACAGACUGAUCAAUCUGAUCCCUAAGGUUCGAAAAUUUUUAAGGAAAGAGAUCGACUCUCACAAGACAUGCCAGAUGUUUUUGGUUGGGAUGCCUUGUAGUGACGAGAGCUGUCAAUAUCAACACUGUCUCCCAACAAAAGAAAGCACAGAUAGUUUGUUCUGGGCACUUUCACACGAAGUUUAUCUUGACGCGCAAGCGAACGAUUUCUGGAAACUUGAAGAAAAAUAUUCAUCGCAUGAAACCGGUCAUAAUUUCGGAUCUCGAAGGCCACUCAGCACUUCUACUAAAGAAUCGGGGAAGCCUUUUCCGAAAGAUUCAUACCAGUCUUGCAGAAAUUUUCUUCAGUUUUUCUUUUCACCCAUUGGUAUUUCUUCAAGUAUCUGCUCGGGAAAGUACAUCUCUCUUGUGCGAAGUAGGAAAUUCAUCCAGCAAAGUCUAUACAAGUGCGUGGAUAAGUUAUGGAGAAGUGAACUUACAAGGCGGGAACGCAUUUCAGACAUCAACUGCUUCUUCACAGUCUCAAAUCUUUUGCAGUUGCUGGGAUCACCUCCGAGCACAAUUCUAUCUUGGAUUAAAAAGGAAGAGGAACAUUUCUGGAUUACCCUUCAGUAUGAGAGCCAGAACAGGAAGCCAAGAAUUCCACAAUCUGUCGGCAUGGUGAUAGAAGAAAACUCACGAAGAUGUACUUUGUUUAGUCGUUGGUGGGAAGUCUCGAAGCGUCUUCUCCAUGUUCACGGAAGAAUUUUGAAUUCAGGCCAUUAUGCUGUGCGGCGUUUCCUGAAGAUGUCGGUAAAUCCUGGAAAACAGCUCCCUUUUCCCGAUCCAAAGAACUUCCUUUCGAUUAUGGAAUACCAAUUUGUAGUUCAUGUCGCUCUGGCAAUCUUUGUUUCUUCACUUUCCCUCCGGGUUUGUCUUCCGAGAAGCUACUUAUCCGUCGUCAUUUUCUGGGACGCGUUAAACUGCACCACGAGGAACCACUUUGAAAUUCAUCGUGCGGUCGAAUUGUUCAGGUUCUCCUCAACUACUAUCGCCCGCGUGAAGAGAUUCCUUGGUGACACGAUCUCUCUCAUGUUGGGAGGGUACUCCCCAAAAUUCAACGUUCUCGACCACGUUUUACGUACGCAAUCUUGCAUUAACUCCGGGGAAACGGAACGUGCUGUAAUCCUGGUGCUCACCAUGCUUUGCAACUGUGGCCAGUUAUUGUCUACAGAAAACGAGAUCAUUCUCCUCAGGAACCUUUUCGCCCAAGUGCCCGAUGAAGUUAUUCUUCCAAAGAGAAUAAGCAGCUGCUUGGAACAGGUUCGACAAGCGAAAGGUCUCCGUCAAAUAGUAGCUAUCCUUCAAGACCUGUUAAAGAACAGAAAAGAAGAGCUUUGUGAUGUUUACUGGAGAUUUAGGACGAUUAGAGGGGACGAGGUGGACUUCAAAAGAUACAUCGACACUUUCAAUACAGACGCAGAUACCCUUUCGACACUAAUCCAUGAAACCCCUGAGCUCCCAGGAGACGACGCUUUGGAGCCUGAAGAGGAGCAUGGUCUUCAUAUAGAAGAGGAUCAACCUACAUCUGACUUGGACCCUUCGAGCAAUUCGAUGUUACAAGAUAUUGAAAAAGAAGAAGCCAUGCGGGCAGAAUUGUGGAAAAAAGAGAUGACAUCAGAAACGGGAGAGCAUGCGGAAGUUGAUUUCGGACAAUUUAUAACACAAAAUGAUAUAUCCUCUCCUUUCGUAAAUGCGAAAGUCGACAAAUCAGGUUGCGGUGUUUGCAAUGUUUUCUUCUCCAACGAACAAACCGGAAUCGAAGAAAACUUGGAACAGGCGAAUGAACCAGGUCAUUACGCCAACGACUUUGAAAGUCACCUGAGUGAGAAUAGCCCACAUUGGAAAAAACUUGAGCAAUUUAAUGCUUACGAAUACCUUAUCAUUCAAAAAGUAGUCCCACUCCAAUUUAUGUUUGAGACACUGGUCAAGAAAGUUGAAGAUCAACUAGAAAUAGCCGGAAAACAGAACAUGCCUUUAAGUAUCCUGAGCAACAUGUUAAAUAAAGUUAAGAUGACCCAUGCUGCUCUGCGAGAGCUGACCUCGACAAUUCAACAAGAGGGCAACUGGGCGGAAACCACACUUGUGGAGGGAGCAGUCAUGGCUUUGACAAAAUCCUUGGAAGCCUGCCAAGAGGAACUGCAAAAAGAAACUCAACCAAAAGAUCAUGACUCACUGAACUCAGCAAAAGACGUCGAAGAUGUAGAAGAUGUAGAGUACCUGCAUGUUCCGGGGCUGAAAAAGCGAAAGAACUAGGGAACCGAAAAAACAUGUUCUAACAUAGCGCGCGUGCUUGCCCUAUAUUAGUCCUAUUGAGCCGCUAUGAACAAAAUCCCUAUUUACGCACGCCCGUGCGUAAAUAAGAUGACGUGAGCAUUUUUUUUACCUGGCUUCAUAGUUUCCGUCCUGUUAAGCUUCAGUGCAGUUUUCCUUCUCUUUGAAAUAUGGAAGAAACCAGAGAAGAACUGCCCAAUUUUUCUAUCGGCAUUGACCUUUUAGGUCCUGAUCCAACAAGCAACAAAAAUAAAGCCGAAAAAAACUCGCAAGUUGCACGUUUCGCGAAUUUGUCGGAAGACCAGCUGCAGCAAAUUUAGGCCGAAAGACAGACAUUCACUAGAAACCAAAAAAAGUCACCAAUUGGUCAUUAACAACAUUUAAAGGUAAAAUAUUCCCCUUUUUACUGUCGUUUUUAAAUGUGUUCAACCUGGGGAAUAAAAUACACAGUUGUUAAUUGGGAAUUUACCAAAACCAAAACAAUCACAAUUGCACUCUAUCACAAUAAAAGGCUUCUUCGCGCAGAUUCUUGUUAUCGCUCUGUUAUAAAAGAAUUUUAUUGCUCAUGUUCUUAGCUGUACGUAUAUUGAGUUAUGGAUGCACUUGGGAAGUUUGGAGAGCAUUCAAAAAGCUAGAGUUGCUCUCGGCUGCGCCUUGAGCUACUCUUAAGCAUUUUUCGUGCUCUCCAAACUUCCUGCGUGCAUCCAUAACUCGAUAAACGCACGCUAAGCAUGAACAAAUUCUUAAUUUGCUCAGUACAUACCGCACAGUAGAGUAUACGUUUUCGUGCGCGCUGAAUGGCCAGCCCGAAAGUGACUAGCAAAUACUCUGCGAGCAGUUGAACGGACAAAAUCGCGCGUCAAGAGUUUUAUUUUGCGCAAUUUUCCGGUACAGUGAUAUAAUUAAACUAUUGUUUUGGUCCUUGUGUGGUAUAUACUAAAACAAUUAUUCACCUCAGAGUCGUUAAAAGUGGUGGAUAUUUGCCUCGCCCCUUUGCAGCCCGGUACAUACCCAUCACUAUUCGCCUCCACUUCGAUGAAUAAUUGUUAAUUGUUAAAUUUGUUCAUGCCUUACUUUUAAAGCAUUUAGUUUUACUUCGCAGCACUCAGUUACAUUGUUGCAUAAUUGAAAGGGGUGUGCGUCUGUGGAUUCUGAUUCGUUUAGGAGCCCUUUUGGACAUGGUUUUGUCUUAUAAAAUGUUACAUAGUUAGCAAUCUUUUAGGUUACUCUUUUGAUCAUUGGGUCACUGUCAACAAACAUAGAUUGGACAUUGGAACACGGUCAUAACAACUUGCUUUCAUGUUUUUAUUAGUUUCCUCACGAAGCAUGGAACAUCUGACAUGAAAUAGUCUAACUACUGCUUGUUCGGAACGAUAACUUUUUGAAAGAGAUCAUGAGCUGCUAGACUUCCAUUGCCUCGUCGUGUUAGAUCUAGACAAUUUUCACGGAUUCGACAUAACGUUUUACAGGAAUUUCCUGGAAAAGAAAGUUAGAAUAAUCUUUACAGAGUAAGCUUGGUAGAACAGAUCGACCCCAGCCCCCGCAUUCAUUCCUCACUACUACUUCAGUCUACCAUUAGCUUGUUAACAGCCAUUUUAAUUAACUUCCUUUAUCAGUGGCAGAUAUACCCAUGCCUGAACUGAGAAAGAAAAAACAUCAAAUGAGGAGUGGAAACUUGUUUUUGUACGUGUCGCCAAAGAUUAUUCGAAGCAUGAGGGAGAAUGGGAUGGGGUUGCUCUGUACUUGUCAAGAUAAGGGUUGAUUGAUUAUUCAUCUCGCCCCGAGUAAUGUGAUUAAAUGCAAUUUUUGUGAAUGACAGAUGCUUUGUGCAAAGAUAAAGAAGGCAACGAAAGAAAUGUGUAACGUGAAGAUGGUCCUGAAAUUGCUUUUUUUCUUAGAAGAGUUAGUGGAAAAUCCAACUGGAGAAUACUUACUCGAUCGUAGUAAACGUGUUUUACAAUUUGUAAUUAAAUAAACUAAGAUAUUUUAAUAGUAA